AAGCAUAAGCUGAUGUGAUGAAAUCUUAGACCUGAUCAGCUUGUCUUACCUUACGACCCGUCCUUUUUGCCAGAGUGCGACCUCCCCGGGAUGGGAAUGGAUCUCUCUAAACUUAGUUUGCCUUUUGACUCUGCUACAAGUCAGCAUUCCGGCCUCUUAUGGCCGAAGACUCCAGACCUCAGCCAGUCUGAUCUUUCAAGGAGCCCUAGCCUACGCUUUAGUUUCUCAUACGAUGAUAUGAUAGGGAGAAAUGCUGGUGGAAUUGAUUCCGAAACCAAUGUACCUAGCUCUGCUCAAAGAAGCAUCAACCUAGGCGGCCUCACAGCUACGACCUUCGCUGAGGAAGGUGGUAUCCUUCUUCAGCCUGACUUUGAAUUUGACGAAGAUGGCAAUCUCAUUGAGCUUGGGGAGGCGCAUUGCCAAAUUGCAAAGGGCAAGCCGAGUCGGCACGUUAGUGGAGCACCACUUCUGGGUGAAGAGGCAAAUGAUGGAUUGAAUGAUUCCACAUUUGAAUAUCAGCAAAUGCCAAUCGACGAAGAAAUAGAUACUACCGCCAAGCAUCAGGAUGAGAGGCCAAUCCAAGCCAGUCGAGCUACUAAAAGACGCCGCAGUGAUUCCGAGUCAACUGAUGAACUUAAGGUUAUUUCAGAUGAGGUUGCGGUGACUAUGCCCCAGAAACGACGAGCCCCUAGAUUACAAACAUUGGAUGACCGAACUGCCUUGAGAAACACAGACCUGGGCAAUCUGAACAGCGACUACGUGCAGAAUAUGGCUAUAGCCUUGAAGCAGAAACGACAGAACAAACUUCCAACACAAGCAAAAAAGAAUGCCGCCUUCUGGGUUUUUGGUCAAGGAAUUGGUUCAGUUGGGCUUGGCUUAGGUGCAUCUCGGGUACUACAUCCUUUGCAGCAAUUCUCAGGAGAAGAGCUCUAUGGUGCUCUGGACCCAACUGCAAGACACAAGGAGCGAAAACGGAGUCGUCAUCAUGAUGACAGUGAAGCAGGCUCUGAUGUGCAGUCUGUCCGUGUUAGAGAAGAAUAUGAGGAACAAGUCGGUCGAGGCGAGGUGGUCGACAAUCAUGAUAUUUGGAAAGAGGUUGAAAUUGGUCGCCAUGCCCCGUCCGUCUUUCGCGAUGACAACUCGUUCUCAUCUCAGAUGCCAUGGAAUAUCACAGCUUCUAUUCAGAGCUCUCAGCAUGGGUCAUCUGCUACAAGUGGCCUCCGUGGUGUAGCAAAUGUGAGCGAUCCUUCGGCUUCACGAGGCAGGGACCCCACUGCGUCUCACCUUGCUGGUCGCGGACGAUCACGCAACCGUCUAACUAGCGCGAGUCCCCUUGCCGGCAGAGGUAUCCCCUUCGACGCAGAGGCUGUCGACAGCUUGACGUUACCCGGAAAUGAUGACAUAGACGCCUUGAAUGACUUUGAUCUGAGCCAUUAUUUACAGACUGAGCUGUUCGGUGAUGACCAUGGAUACACUGGAGACGACGCCAACGCAAACACGUACAGUCGUCAGCCGACUCUUCAAGAUCGCCUAUCACAGUCCAGCCUGGACCAAGAAAGCCUGAACUUCCUCGGGUUUCUAACAAGGAAGCUCGAGAUCAUGCCAGGGGAACAUGCUGAAGAACUAGAUGAAGAGGAUUUCAUUAACUCGCCGUCCGCUUUUCAUGACAGCAAAGCAAUCGGUUUUUCAGCACUUCUGCCACCGGCUGAAACCUCUCCAUCCGUAGCCACACAGGGUUUGAUGCAUAUACUCACACUUGCAACUAAAGGUUUCUUAUCAGUCCGCCAGGAGGACUAUAAAGACCGGAGCACUCGAUAUCGUAUCCGAUAUGAGUUUGGGGAGAUCUUUCUACAGCUAUCAGAUAUCUAGUCCUACGAGAGGCACCGAGUUCUACCUUGACUCUGGUUCUCCAGUAUGUCUGUGAUUGAAUACCGAAAACACUCAUGGACACCCACCCAUGUGCAAUUCUCUUAUCAGUCACUUUAUUUCCUGGCUGAUGAAUAAGCACCUGACUUCGAUUCAACGUCCGGGUUUCUGAAAUGGAGACCACCAUGCCAGCAUCCCAUGGAAUGAUUUCCUCGAGACCCUAGUACUGUCUCUGCCAAUUUUCAAUGCUUCUCGCUUUUCUUUUCUUUUUCUUUUUCUUUUCCUUUAUUUUCUAAUUCUU